AUGGUCGAUCAGCCCAGUGCUGUUGUCCAGGAGGACCCAUGGAUGUCCGCCCAGGCCCUGGACAGACUGUUGAAGAUGCCUCUUCCACUGCCACGGAUUCGCACCCGGCCCUGGUGGUUUCCUGCGCUGGAGCUGAGAGACCCAUUGGUGUUUUACCUGGAGGCAUGUAUGGCUGACCCCAUCUUCGGCAAAAACGGAUUCAUGAUUCCGGAAAUAGAGUGGAUGAACCAGGUCCUGCUGAUGGUGGAAAAGGUGAACUUCGGAAGCUUAAUCGAAAUCACUGUUUUCGGACAGCCCUGUGUCCAAAAUAGGGUGAAAAGCGUGCUCCUGAGCCUGGCAGCAAGGCACCGGGGAAACCGUGCCCGAGAUAAGAAAAUGAAACAACUGGAGAAGUUCUUGAAGGCCCAUGGGUCACCUCCCCUGACUCACCAGUCUCCCCGGUCUCGGUCUCCUGUCUCAUGA